CUUGAAUAACAAGCAAGCAAUGCAAGAACAUAAAAAACCAGAGCAACAACAACAACAACAAAAACAACAACAGCAACAACAACAACAACAACAACAGCAACAACAACAACAAGUGUAGUGUGUGUCGCACGAGCGACUUGUGUGAAUAGAAUAAUGAAGAAGAAGCAGAAACAACAGCAGCAACAACAGCAGCAACGGCAAAGAGAGGCACCGACGGAAGCAGAGCCAGAGCAGAGCAGCAACAACAACAACAACAACAGCAAUUCGCGUCGCCACAGCGCCAGCAAUAACAACAAUAAAUAGCAAAAACUGAGCAGCGUUCGGCAAAGCGCACCAACAACAGUAACAGCAACAGUAACAACAACAACAACAACGCGAAAUAAACGUAGCCGCAGCCGCUGCAGCAGCGUUGGCAGCGACGCCAGCAGCAUGUCCAAAACAAGCAACACAAAUCCAAUUGCAAAUGCAGCCAAUUCCAAUUCGAAUUCAAAUCCAAAUCCAAAUGCCGAUUUCAGUGCAUUCGAUUUUAAUGAUAGCUCUGAUAAUUCCGAUACGCCAUUAGUGCCACGCCCACCAUUCCUAAGUCGAGCCGCCGCUGCGGCAGCAGCAGCCGCAGCAGCUGCCGCAGCGGCAGCGGCAUUAAGUGGAAGUAGUAGCAAUUCGGGGGGAGCGCAACAACAACAACAGCACCAGCAGCAACAUCAAUCACAACAACAACAACAACCUCAGCAUGAUAGUUGCAACAAUAAUAACAACAACAACAACAGCAAUAAUAGUGCUAGCAGCAGCAGCUCACAAAGUAGUCUCGACGAUGAUGACGAUGACGAUGAAGAGGAAGACGAUGAUGACGACGAGGAGGAGGAGGAAGAGGAGGAGGAAGAAGAGGAAGAGGAAGCAGCAGCAGCGGCGCAAGCGCAAGCUCAAGCAGCAGCCGCUGUUGUGGCAGCAGCUGUGAAUGCUUUGCACAAUGGCAAGCAACAACAACAACAACAGCAGCAACAACAACAACAAUACAAUAAUAACAAUAACAACACAAGCAGCAACAACAACAGCAGCAGCAAGUCAAGAGAUCAUCUGGAAGAGCAGCAAUCACAGCAGCCAGCAGAAGACGAUGAUGAAGACGAUUACGAUGACGAUGAUGACGAUGAGGACGAAGAAGAACACCAGCAACAUCAACACCAACACCAACAGCAGCAGCAGCAACAACAACAACAAGACAAUGGACAUGAUCAAACGCCCACAGACCUGCGCCAUGUUCUGCCGCAGCAUCAUCAACAGCAGCAACAACAUCAGCAACAGCAACAGCAGCAGCAACAGGCCGACUAUGACAAUGACGGCGAAGAUGAAGACGACGACGAUGACGAGGACGAUGAUGAUGACGAUGAUGAUGAGGCCGGCAAUAGUCGUCAUCUGAAUUCUGCCCAUCUAACCAGAUCAUCUGCUGCCGAAAGUAGUGGCCUCCAUAUGAGUGCAGUGGCUGCUGCCGCCGCCGCAGCUGCUGCUGCUGCAGCGGCUGCCAAAUUGAGUGCUCAAUUGGAGCAGCAACAUAAUCAGAAUUCAUCUGCAUUGGAUAUGGUUAGCGGUAAUGGUAAUACUGUGGCUCUACCAGCUUCCAGUAGUCUCAGUAAUGCCAGCUUUUCCACCACCAACAAUAGCAAUCAUGCCAGCAAUUGUAAUAAUGAGCAAAUGUCGCGUAAUCCAAAUAGCUCAAAUGGCUCAUCUACAUUCCCAGCAGCAGCAACAUCAUCAACAGCAGCAGCAACAACAGCAACACAGCAUCAACAGCAACAACAACAGCAGCAACAACAAUUGCAACACCAUUCACAAUCACAAUCAAGUGUCGGCAGCGCUGCCAGCGAAAGGAGAAAAUAUCGCCAUCAGAACUACAGUAAAAACAUCUAUAUAGGCACCAAAAAUGCCGAAAAAUGGGAACAUAUGCGGACACGUUUACAAUUCAAAAAUGAUGUUGAAUUUGUUGCCUACUUACUAAAUCUAGCUGACAAUGAUACCGAUCGGCUGAACAAUCUGCCGCCCCCAUCACCAGCGCACACGCCCACCAAAGGUUUCGAUGGCAACUUCAAGUUGGAACCAAAUCUCAGUGUCAAGGACUUUGCUCAGCCAGCUGAGAAUGGCAAUGGAGAUGCAGCUUCUGUGGCUUCUGCCUCAAUGGCAACGCCCACACCACCUCAACGUAAGCGCUACAAGAAGCGGGUGCAGUUCCCCACAGAUGCUCUCAAUGGUUUCGGUGGCAGCAAAUCGAAGGGAGGCUACUCGAACAAUGGAAAUGGCAGUGCCAGCAACAACAGCAAUGGCAACAAUUUCGCCAAAUCCAAGAAACAGGAGGCCAAGGUAGCGGCAGCAGCUUUAAAAGCCGCUGCGGCUGCCUCUGCCUCAGCACUGCCCGAAGUGCUUGACUGUCGCAUAGCGGAGAAAAUAAAAAGCGAAUUGGAAGCCAGUAGCAAGGACUCGGUUCUCCCGAAUGCCUUGUGCCUGAAGAAGGCAGCUGCAGCGGCAGCAGCAGCAGCAGCUGCAGCAGCGGCAGCAGCGGCGGCGGCAGCAGCAGCAGCCAGCGAUGAGGACUACGAUGACGAGGAGCAACAGCAACACCAUCAUCACCAUCAUCAGCAACAGCAGCAGCAGCAGCAUGGUCACAUGGUGGGAACUGGUGGAGCGGGAGUAGGUGUACCAUCAGCAGGCACCACAGUGGACACUGUCGAUGCGUCCAAUGGACAACUGGGCAACUUUCAUGUGCGCUCCAAGAGCCAAAGCAAGAAAUUGCAGGCGGCCGCUGCGGCGAAGGCGGCCAGCCAGCAUGUAAUGAUGCCUCCCAAUUCCUAUGAUGAGCCGGACGAUGGCACCGAUCGUUUGGGUGACAACGGCGCCGACGAUCACGAUGACGACGACGAGGAACUGGACGAAGAGGCUCUGGCCCGCGAAAUGAAAAUGGAGCAGAAUUUCGUCGAGGAAGAGGACGAGCAUGAUAUAGCCUUCCGUUCGCAGCAAUCGUGUCGCGAAUGCUCCAUCACGCAUGAUCACAAGAUGUGCCCGCUGCGAAAUGCCUGCGGCAAUGUCACCGAUGCCGUCGACCUGGCCGAAUGGAUUGAGCGUCGAAAUUUGGAGGCACUGGCCAAACUGAAAGCAGAUGCCCAGCGUCAGGCGAAACGUGGCCGACCACGGGGACACGACGAUGACGAGGAUAUGGAGGAUCUCGACAUGGACGAUUCAUCUCAGCUCUCGGAACUGGAAACAAAACCGCUGAUCACCUUCGCUGAGGCAUCAGUGCCAGCUGAAUUUGAACUGCACAAUGUGGAGCCAAAUGUCACGGGUGUCUUUGCUCGCACCGAGGUCCGCGCGUUCACCAAACUGGGACCCCUGAUCGGUCAGCCAGUGCAGACCGGCGAGGUGCGCGAGGGCAGCGACAUGAAAUGGAUAUUCGAGAUGUGUGAGGCCGGGGCGGAUAAGUCAUAUCUGCUGUGCUGCGACAAUCCCAAUGCCUCCAAUUGGCUACGUUUCAUUCGACCGGCUCCCAGCUAUGAGGAGCGCAACGUCAACCUGGUGUCCAUCGAUAGGCAAGCGUAUUUUGUCAGUUGUCGAGAGCUUCGAAAUGGCAUGGAGUUGCUCUAUUGGAGUGAUGAUUGCAACACCAUGUGGCGCAAAAAGCACACGGAAAAAACAACCUGCGGGGGUUGCAAUCUCAAGUUUGAACAUCCGCUAUACUAUCGCACCCAUUGCUCUGUCUUCCAUGAUCCAUCGAUGAGUCUAACCAUACGUAAAUACCAUUGUAAAGUGUGCGGCGAGGCGGUACUUGGCAAGGAUAACAUCAUGAAGCAUGCCGCCGAGAAGCAUGACGGCAAGGGGGCUUAUCAGUGUCAGUUUUGUAAUAAAUUCUUCCUGCGUCUCAAUUACCUGGAAAUGCAUCGCACCUACGGCUGUGCCUCGAAUCCGAAUCGUUCGCGACCCGUCUGUGAUUUUUGUGGUCGAAAAUUCUGCCAGCCGCAGAAAUUGAAGGCGCACAUUAAGCGCAUGCAUAGCGAUAUGGCUGAAGUUUUACGAGAUUUUCAGUGUAAAUUAUGUUCAAAACUUCUAGGAUCGCGUGCGGCAUUGCAGCGCCAUUCGAAGGAGGUGCACAGCCGCAACUCAACGGUGGUUAGUUGUCCGCGGUGCCAGAAACUCUUCCAGAAUCGUAGCAAUCUAAAGAUUCAUAUGCUAACGCACUCUGGAGUGCGGCCAUUCAAGUGUGCGGAACCUGAGUGCAAUGCGGCCUUCACCACCAAACAGUGCCUGCAGUUCCAUUACAAGAAGGUCCACAAUUACACCCAGGAGCAGAUGCCGAAAAUCGAGAGAAGUGUGGCGUACACGUUCGAUGCCUAUUCGGGGGGAAUGAAGGUGGACUUUUUGGAGCAAGCACCGCGUCGCCGGCGCAAGAGUCUGGAGGAUCAGAAUUCAAUGCUCAGCAGUUCGAUGCAAAGCGACACUGAAUUCAGCGAUGACAACAUCUUCGAGGCCAUAAAGAAGAGCGGCAAAUCGAUUAAGGAUCUGUGUCGGAAUGAGCCAAAUCUGUCGCUACUUAGCUCGAAAAUUUCCAGCAUAUUUGGUGAGAAAGUGCCAACAGCAGCUGCAGCAGCGUCAGUCGGAUCGGUUUCUGGGUCAGUGUCCGGGCCUGGAAUGGGCGUGUCUGGUGGGCAGCAGGGGCGAAAAAGAAAACGCAAGAAGGAACCACCAGCAUCCGCUGGUCACGGUCAACAGCAGCAACAUCACCAGCAACAGCAGCAACAGCAGCAGCAACAGCAACAACAACUGAGUCAACAACAACAACAUCAGCAGCAGCAGCAGCAACAGCAACUAAAUCAACAGCAGCAGCAGCAACAUCAGCAGCAACAACAACAACACCAUUUGCAACAACACGCCAGCCAUGUGCAACAGCAAUGCCACCAGCAACAGCAGCAACAACAAUCCGGUCAGCUGCAUCACGAUCAGACAUCAUCCAAUUCACAUGUUCCUCACCCGCAUCAAGCGUCGCAGCAGAGUCAAUACCAUGGCCAUCAUGGCCUGCACGGACAUCCGCUGCAUGGCCACCAUCAGCAGCAACAACAGCAGCAACAGCAGCAGCAGCAGCAACAACUCCACCCAGAUGCCGACGAUGAUGAGGACUCAGUGCGCUUGGAGCAAGUGCGACGCAAACAGAAUGCCCAACUCAGUCUGGUGGAAUCGUUCCUCACCACAACCGCCCAGCGACUGAGUGCCCAGCAGCAAGUGCAGCAAGUGGUGGCCGCCGCGGCAGCAGUCUCGGCCAUGGCCGGUGCCGGCGAAGAUCCCGCCAAACUGGGCCACAUGAUGGGUCACAUCGGUGUGGGCGUUGGCGUUGGCAUGGACGACGAUGACGACGAUGAUGAGGAGGACGAUGAUCCGCCCUCGCAUCACCAUCAUCACCAUCACCAUCAUCAGCAGCAGCAGCAGCAACAGCAGCAACAACACCAUCAUCCGCACUCACAUUCCCACUCGCAUCCGCAUCCGCAUCAGACGCAUCCGCAUGCCCAUUCACAUCCUCAUCUGGCCCACAGCCAUUCACAUGCGCAUCCCCAUCAGCAUGGUGGCAUGGCCCAGCAGUCGCCGCAAUCCCAGCAACCGCACUCCAGCGAUCCGAACAGCUAUCGCCAUGCCUCGUCCAUGAAUGCGGCCACUCUUGGCCAGAAUCUGGUUGUCAGCAAGGGCAGCAAAAAGUGGAUUGGCGCCGAUGAUCGUCAUCUAAGCGAUCCGGUCGAUGUUGCGGCAGCAGCAGCAGCUGCUGCAGCAGCGGCAGCCGCAAACGAAGCAUCUGUGCCCUGCGGUCAACUGGCCGGCGGUCCAGGCAGUGGAGCAGGCCAGGACUUAGGUUUCGCUGUGCCGCCCAGUGCUGUGGUGGAUGAGCAUAGCAAGCUCCUGGGACAGAAUCGUGAUUUCCUGGCCCGUCUAAUGAGCAGUGCCAGUGCCAGCCAUGCCCACCAGCAGCAACAGCAACAGCAACACAGUUCGCACAGUCGGGAGGAGGAUGAGAACAGCUCGUUCCUGGAUGUUGUCGAAUCGAAUACGGCAGCAGCUGCUGCUGCAGCGGCCGCUGCUGCCGCCAUGUCGCAAUAUCAUCACAAUACCACCGCGGGGAACGGCUCAAGCGGCGGCAGUGGCGGUGGGCCCCUAACGCCCACCGGUCCGUCCACCGGAGGAGCAGAACCAGGCGGCGGCGGCGGCGGUGGUAGCACUGGCACUGGUGGAGGAGCAGAGGAUGGACAUGGUGGUUCGGCGCCUCCUGAGUCGCAGACGCAAAUGCAAAUGAACUCAUUGGCCCAUUCGCAAUCCUUUAUGAGCUCGUUCUACAGCAAUGCCAAUGCAAGACUGAGCGGAGCCGGUGUUGGAGCUGGCUCCUCAUCGGCCAGCAUGCUGGUAGAGGCGGCCCUCAACUCCGUUGGCAAUAUGAUUGACAACGAGAGCGAUGACAUGAAGGUACCCACCGAGAAUCACAUCAGUGGCGACAGCCCAAUGAGUGCCCAUGUGGAUGCGGAGGCUCAACAUUUCGCUGGUGGAGGAGGAGGGGAAUCUGGUGGUGGUGGUGGUGGUGGCGGUUCGGCUAAUUCUGGUAGUGCUAAUGGCGGUGGAUCUGGCAUUGGCGGACCGAUGGACAAUCUGGAGAAUGAGCUUAAAAUGAUUAAGAAUCUGGGCAACUUCCCAAUGCAAAUCCCGCCGUUGCCCAUGUUCCAGGGUGCCUGCAACAUCUCACCGAGCGCGUCCACUCCCACCAAUCCGCAGAGUAAUCAAAAUCAGAACGAUGUCGAUGUCGAUGCGGGCAGCACACCACAAAGGCCCCAGCAUCCCGAUUCCGAUGGCUUUUCGUCGUCGCAUCAUCGUACGCCGCCCUCGCCGCCACCCAUAUCGCCUGGCCGUGAUUACGGUGGCAUGUUUGGGUCUGGCAAUGGUGCUGGACCCGGCUCGAAUAGUACUCCGGCUGGUAGUUCAAGUGGCGGCGGCGGCGGCGGAGGUGGCAGCGGCAGUGGCAACGGCAGUGGCGGCAGCGGUGGUCCUCCACCUGGAGCUGGGGCUACCAAUAGCAUGUCGGCCUCAUCACCGCUGCCGGCACUGCAACCCCAAAGACGACAGGCCUCCAGUGUUGGCAGCACAUAUCCCGAGCAUGAGCUUAUCUCACCCGCCUCCUCGCCGAGUAUACCUCGCUACAAUUUCAACGGUGACAUGAUGCGCCACAAGCGAGCUGUCCAGGAUCAGGAGCAGGACAGACGCCACAACAUCUCGCGGCACAAUCAAAUGUCCAGCGAUGAGGAGAAUAGCAUAAUGCCACAGAAUAGUGCCGGCCAGGAUAUGCGCAUGAAAUUCCCCCAGUCACAGAUCGAUCUCAUGUACUCCAAGUACGAGACAAUGGCCAGCAAUUUGAAGUACAACAGCCAGGAUCUUGACUCACCGGCCGAAUAUCGUCAGAGUGGCAGCAAUAGCAAUGCAGCGGUCAGUGCCGCAGCGGCUGCUGCAGCUGCGGCAAGCGCCGCCGCCAAUGACAUGUCCGAUCUGCAGGGUCUGGACAUGAGUUCCCGUUCAAAUGCGUCGAGCAGCAAUUACCAUCACAAUUUCCAGUUGCCCAGCAGUCGCUACCAUCAUCACAUCUACGACAUACUCUCCGACCGCGAGCAGAGCCAACAGGCGCAGAGCCAGCAGCAGGCUGGGCCCUCGUCGUCGUCGGUGGUGCAUCAGCAGGAGCAUGGCGGCCAUGGACACGGCAGUCAAUUGGCCAUGCAACAGCAUCAGUCGGCGGCGGCCAUGCAUAACAUGCUGAGCGAACAAUUGGGCGAGCAGGAGCACGAUCAGACCACCUCAGUGGACCUGAGUCGAACGGCCAACUAUGUGGUGUCGUCGCCACCACAAUUGCCCUACAAUCAUCCGCACCACGACAUGCUGCGCAUGGCCUCACUGGACCUGACCCCCAAUACGGCCAAUGCCAUGUCGGUGGGCAAUAAUCGUUCGUUCCUCUCGUCCCAGAUGCAACAUCAGAGUCGCGAGAGUCUCGAGCAUCAUCGAUUGCUGUCGACUGUGGAACAGCAUCGCAUAUUGGCCGCCUCGAAUGCGGCUGCCGAUCAGCAUCGUCUGCUAGUCGAUCCCACUGCCCACUUGCUGAUGGAGCAGAAUAAUCGUUUGCUUGGAUCGGCGGAUCAAUCGCGUCUGCUUGGCGAAUCGGCAGCGGCGGCUGCCCAAAAUCGUCACAUGGCACGCAGUUUUGGGGCUUACCAUCAGGUGGCUUCCAGUAAUUAUCAUCCGGGUGUGAGACCACCGCCGGUUCUACCCUCGGCCAAUCAUCAUGCUUCCAAUCCGACAAACUAUCACCCUUUCCCAGCCUACUAUUAGGCUUAGACAGAUGAAACCCGGGACAAAGUGCAAAGCCAAUUGCAAAACCAACUUCUCCAUGCUUCCUCAUCCUUCUCCCAUCCUCCAUCCUCCAUCCUCCUCCUUCAUGAGUAUAGUUCAAUAUUAAGCGCAAAACAUGUUUUAAACGUAACAAUUAAAUUUAUUUACUGUUUUA